AUGCCCCAUCCUUCUACUGUGUCUGGAAUAACUUCUCUUUCCAGGGAAAAUAUCAAGAUGAAUCCUCUCUUCACAGGUCUUAUUACUCCUCCCGAGUCUCCGAUCCGAUAUGCACGAGUUUCUUCAGACGACACAACGGCUCAGUCCACUCCUGCUAUGACAUCAGGGGCAACUUCAGGCUUGGUUGCUGCGAAUAAAGCUCCAAAUGCUUUAGAGGCACUCUUUACUGCUAUCAAAGACACCGAGACGGAUACACUCGAACAGGAUGAUGUUAUUCUCUCCGAGAGGGCCUCAAAUUCGGGAUCAACUCCAGUAACUCCGACACAUGUUGACUUCAGCAAUGCCAGCGAGAUCAUAUACUCCAUUAUUGAACAAGCGGUGGAAGAAAAGAUAAAUGAAGCAGUUACUCCUCUGACAAGUCGACUGGAGAAAUCUCUAGUUUCAUUUCACCGUGAGAAUAUCGAUAUACGGGACCAAAAUGACACAUUGAGCCGCCAGCUUGAUCUUCACUAUCGAACGAUUGAACAAAAUAUCGAAGAGUUCAAGACACAAUCCAAGACGAUGAACACCAUGAUCGGAGCUCAAGCCGACAACCUCGCCGCAACCAUUACCAUGGUCAGCCACCUCUCUCAAGUCGUCACCAAUCUCCCCAUGGCCCUCAACCAAGUGGUCUACACUGCAGUCCAGCAACAAGCUCAGCUAGCUAUUCGUGACAUCAUGUAUGCUCAACAGCAGGCCAUGCUCUCUGUCUCUGAUGUUUCUGGGACCAGACAGUCUGUCUCCAGCGAUGAGAGCUUCAGUCACUGCACUCGUCAUCAUCGAGGCUUGGAAUUCUUUUCAGUGCCAUCAAUGCAUCAUAGCAAUAGCUCCUCCAACAGCACUACCUCGAGUACAAAGCGUGGCUUCAGAUACAGUUUGAAGAAGCUGUUCAAGUCUACAAAGUAG